UCGUUUUCCACUGAAAUCUGUUGCUAAGGCAACGGUGUAGCUUUCCAGUCGCAGCUCGUUUUCCCAGCGCACGAGACCUGUUGUUUUCUCCGGAAGUUUGGUUCUUCCUUCUCUGCGGUAUUCUUGCGGGGAUUUUUCUGAGAAACCGCUCGUGGGACUGAGUGACGACAUGCCUGUUCCUCCGCCCCCACCACCUCCCCCGCCCCCACCCUUCUCUGCAGGAGCUCCGCCGGCCCGCGCAGACCCCCCUAAACCUCCUCCCUCGGACGGGGGGGGCAGGGGUGCUCUCCUGGCUGACAUCCAGAAAGGAGCCCGGCUCAAGAAAGUCGCGCAGGUCAACGACCGCAGCGCGCCCGUCAUCGACAUAUUUGUCAGUACUGUGGUGAGUUUAGUGGUCAGUAUUUGUCAGUACUGUGGUGAUUUUAGUGGUCAGUGCUGUCUGUGUGUUUCAGCUGCGCGCUCAGGCUCAUCUCCAGUCCCCAGGCAGCCACGGUGGAGCCCCCCAGUGGCUGAGAGUGGACAUGGCGCUGAGAGAGCAAGUCCAGUGCGCACACCCCCAGCGACAUCCCCACCCGUCUUAAACAAGGCCACGCUGCCAGCUCCAUUCACACCAGCUCCGCCCCCUCCUCCUCCACCCCUCCAGGACCGACCAGCCAAACCUCCACCUGCACCCUCCGGCCCGCCCCCUCCCCCACCCCCACAGACCACCAAGCCCACCUGGCUCCCUGUGCCAGUUCAUGCCCUUCCCCAGCCCAGUACCCCACCCCCCCAAGCCCCGCCCCCACCCCCACCCUCUGACCUACCCCCUCCACCGCCCCCCCUCCUGUCUGACUCCAGGGAACGGUCACGGGACGUUCAGCUGGGACCGCCUCCACCUCCCCCACCCCCACCUCAUCCGCCCCUGCCCAAAGUGCCCCCUGUCCCCUCACCUUCCCACAGGUCGGGGGGUUUCCCCCUGCCCCCGUCUUACCCCUGCUCCGUCCCCGCACCGAGCCGACGCCCACCCGCCGUGCCCAGGUCAGCAGGGAGACUGGCUCCGCCCCCUGCCCCACCCGCGAGGUCCCCCAGCACGGAGCUGUCCAGCCGGACUCCGCCCCCACCUCCUCCUCCUCCCCCUCCUCCAUCUUCAGCCCUGAGAAAUGGCCACCUGCACAGCCUGGAUGACUUUGAGUCCAAGUUUCAGUUCCACCCAGUCGAUGACUUCCCCCCACCAGAAGAUUUCAAACCUUUUCCCAGAAUUUACCCCAGCAAAGCAGGCAGAGAGAACCCCAAACCCCCUGGUGUCAGGACGCACAUGCGAUGAGACGUGACAGGAAGUGUCGGAGUCUGCCCCUUGGCCCCGCCCCCUGACCCCACCCUGUGACCCCGCCCCCUGACCCCACCCUGUGACCGCACCCCGUGACCCCCACCGCAGCGGGCGGGACAGAAGAUCACGUGACACCUGCGCAUCAAAGACUCCACAGUGGGGGGGGGAGGUUCUGCUCACGGAUGCCCUGCUCUGAUUGGCCGAUUUGAUCCGACUGCUGCAACGUUAGCCCUCGCUUGUCAGUCUCAUAACCGCACAGUGCUCGGCCCCUGUCCCAGGUGAGAUAAGCUUUGCAAAUAAACCCACGUUCGGAGCUCAACGCCCCAUUCUGCUCAGUGUGGAGAUAUUCCACUGACGGCCACGCCCGGCUGGCUCUCGGCCGUGGGCGAAGAGUCGUUUCACUGAGGUGACCUUUGACCUUGGGACUUGUGAGCAGCCACGGCUGGGCGGGGUGCAGUCCCACAGCAGAGAGAGAAAUCACGGCCACACAGCCGCACAGCAACAAAAUGACCUCCUGCACGUCUGUAACAAUCAGCUCUGUGAUUGGUCAGGAGAUUUACAGGAGCAUGGUGCUGAUUGGCUGCGCCUCCUCAUACUGCACUAGGAUUGGCCGGGCGUAAAAACAGAUCCCCCGAAUUGGCCCGCAGGGUUCCACUGCUUGCGUUCUUACAGUAGCUCUGUGGAGAAAGGCCUGCCUUCUCUGGGACAGGACGAUACGAGAAAGGCCGAGAGUUUCUCUCCUGUUCUCUCUCCUCCCCCCCCACUUCUUCCGGAACAUUCCAAAUGCGACAGACCCUUUCAUUAAAGUGAGAAAGAGUGCUGGGAACCUCCCCCUGCACCUCCACCUGCCCUGCGGAACCUGCUUUUAAAACAGCCCUCUUCUUUCGGUUUCACAGGUGAAGAAAGUCGGACGCGUUGCAUUUUGCUUCCUCGUUUUCUUUUUCUUGGAAAAUAUAUAUUUUUUCAAAAACAGACCUCAACACUGCCACCUCCUGGACGCAGUUCACCAUCGCAACAAAACGCACUGCCCGAGACACAGAGUAAUGGUUGUGACAUGACUAAAAUGUUAAACGCUCAACUGGAAAAACCGGAAAGCAUACCACAUGUGUAUCGAAGUAAAAACAUUAAACUGCUCUGAAGAAUGA